GGCGGGCUCCCGGCGCGAUGUACGGCUUCGUCAACCACGCUUUGGAGCUGCUGGUGAUCAGGAAUUACGGCCCGGAGGUCUGGGAGGACAUCAAGCGGGAGGCACAACUGGAUGAAGAAGGACAGUUUCUAGUCAGAAUUAUUUAUGAUGAUUCGAAAACAUAUGAUUUGGUUGCUGCUGCGAGCAAAGUCCUGAACCUCAAUGCUGGAGAAAUCCUUCAGAUGUUUGGAAAGAUGUUCUUUGUGUUUUGCCAAGAAUCUGGUUAUGACACCAUCUUGCGUGUGUUGGGAUCAAAUGUCAGAGAAUUUUUGCAGAAUUUAGAUGCUCUCCAUGACCAUCUUGCUACAAUAUACCCAGGCAUGCGAGCCCCAUCCUUUAGAUGCACUGAUGCAGAAAAGGGGAAAGGACUCAUUUUACAUUAUUAUUCAGAGAGGGAAGGUCUCCAAGACAUUGUCAUUGGAAUAAUUAAAACAGUUGCUCAGCAGAUCCAUGGCACGGAAAUCGAUAUGAAGGUUAUUCAACAAAGAAAUGAAGAGUGUGAUCACAUUCAAUUUUUAAUUGAAGAGAAGGAAUCUAAGGAAGAGGAUUUCUAUGAAGAUUUGGAUAGAUUUGAAGAGAAUGGUACCCAAGAAUCUCGUAUCAGUCCUUAUACUUUUUGUAAGGCAUUUCCUUUCCACAUUAUAUUUGACAGAGAUCUAGUUGUUACCCAGUGUGGCAAUGCAAUAUACAGAGUCCUUCCUCAGCUCCAGCCUGGAUACUGUAAUCUGUUGUCAGUGUUUUCAUUGGUUCGACCUCAUAUUGAUAUUAGUUUCCAUGGGAUCCUCUCACAUAUCAACACAGUAUUUGUGUUGAGAAGCAAGGAAGGUCUGUUGGAUGUGGAGAAACUGGAGUGUGAAGAUGAAUUAACUGGCACAGAAAUCAGUUGCUUACGUCUUAAGGGUCAAAUGAUCUACCUACCUGAAGCAGAUAGUAUUCUCUUCCUUUGUUCUCCAAGUGUGAUGAAUUUAGAUGACUUAACCAGAAGAGGGCUAUACCUGAGCGACAUUCCACUACAUGAUGCCACCCGUGACUUGGUGCUUUUGGGAGAGCAAUUCAGAGAGGAAUACAAGCUAACACAAGAGCUGGAGAUACUAACCGACAGGCUCCAGCACACAUUAAGAGCACUGGAAGAUGAAAAGAAAAAGACAGACACAUUGUUGUAUUCGGUGCUUCCUCCAUCUGUGGCCAAUGAGCUGAGACACAAGCGUCCAGUUCCAGCAAAGCGCUAUGAUAAUGUGACCAUCCUUUUUAGUGGCAUUGUUGGAUUUAAUGCUUUCUGUAGUAAACAUGCCUCUGGAGAAGGGGCCAUGAAAAUUGUCAAUCUGUUAAAUGAUCUUUACACAAGAUUUGAUAUUCUGACUGACUCACGAAGAAAUCCCUUUGUUUAUAAGGUCGAGACAGUUGGAGACAAAUAUAUGACAGUAAGUGGCUUGCCAGAGCCAUGCAUUCAUCAUGCACGUUCGAUCUGCCACUUAGCAUUGGAUAUGAUGGAAAUAGCUGGACAGGUUCAAGUUGAUGGAGAGUCUGUACAGAUAACCAUCGGUAUUCACACAGGAGAAGUAGUCACAGGUGUCAUUGGCCAAAGGAUGCCCCGUUACUGUCUUUUUGGAAACACUGUAAAUCUGACUAGCAGAACAGAAACCACUGGUGAGAAAGGGAAGAUCAAUGUCUCAGAAUACACAUACAGGUGUCUAAUGGCUCCAGAGAAUUCCGAUCCCCAGUUCCACCUGGAACAUCGAGGUCCUGUUUCCAUGAAGGGUAAAAAAGAACCCAUGCAAGUUUGGUUUUUGUCCAGAAAGUGCACAGAGACUGAGGAAGUAAUACACGUUGCUAACUGAGCCAAGUGAAACACAAGAGGACAAAAAACAGAGUGGAAUGCUGUGUCCUGCCACUAACGUAGUCUAGUAGUAAUUAGAUGUGACUGCUGUUGCUACAUUUUGUAUCUCUUCCAUUUGUUCAUGUGGUCUGUGCCAAAGAGUAACAUUUUCAUCAGGCUUUCUACUGGCUUGCUGCGUCUCCUCUCUUUCUCCCUCUGUCUCUCUCCCCUCCCCACCCUGUACUCAGCUUUUGAUAUUGUUACAUCUCUGCUGUGAGUAUAUGUAUCCUGAACUGCCCCCCUUUCUGUAUCUUGAAACUUAACAUAAUGAUGAGCAUCAAGCCACAUGUGUUCUAGUUAACCAUAAGAAAUCCGCCGCUUCUCUCCAUGUGCUGUUCAUUUCCAUCUCUAGUGACUAAUCGUCAUGAUCUUUACGAUGGUAUGACUCAAGAAUGUUUCUGCAAAAAAACUCUUAACUGAUUGGAAGAAUCAUGAGCUCAUAGAACUGAUAUCUUUGUAGCCAGGAUCUGGCAUUUUGCUGGAAUGCUUACGGUACUAAUCCAUCUGUUUCCUUCCAGUCUGCUAUUGUGAAAUAUUGCCAUUUGUUUCAGAAACUAGCUUCAGUGCACUGCCAGUUGCUCUUUUAAGUGUGUAUUGACUGUCACUGUAUGCAACAUAUGCAUUUUCUACAUGGAAGAGAAUGAUAGGUUGCUUGAUGUUAGGUUAGUGAGAAAUACAUGCCAAUUUCUUUUUAAAAUUUGAUCACAUUCCCUGUUAUUUCCUUUACUGAUUCUAGUAGAAAAUGUGACCCAUUCCUAAUAUGUUGCUGGACAACGUUUUUUAUACCACGUACAUUGAUAUUACUUUUUAGAGACUCUGGCCAGUACCCAGCUGAUUAUUUGUGCCCACAUAAGUAUAGAGGUGUAGUCACUCAUUAAAAACUCCCUGAUUGAAUUCCUAGUCACCUGCUGUUGCGUGACUCAGCACAUAUGUAGGAGUUCAAUCAGAGACUCAGUAUAUAAAAUUGAUUUGCUGUUUCAGGUUACACCACUGUAAAUAUUCAUUUGAAUUCUGGCUGCUGUUCACGUCUCUGUGUAUGGAGGGAUAUGGUAUGGAUAUGGCUAGUGCUCCAAAGACAAAUUUAGAUCUCCAAGCCUGAGUGCCAGAAUAUUGGGAAAUUUCUGGACCUCUGUUCAGAUCUAUUGCAAAAUCAAGGAGCUUAUUCAGAUCCACAGCAUUAUACUAGACCUCCAUAGGCUUACAGAGUAUCAUUGGCAAAGUCUGUGCCCUAUGUUCAGUUUGGAAGGACAAUUUUGAUAUCACCAAAGAGAGAAAGAGGAUAGUUACAAAAUAAAUAUGGUGUCAAAGAAAAAGAAAUCAGAUGGAUAUUGAAGUAUUACAUUUGUCCGUCAUGCUUUGGAGCCCCCAAAAGCAUGCAUUAGGAUUAUUAUUAUUUUGAAUCCUUAAGUCUCUUGAUAUACAGCUUUUCCAGUAUGGCUGUGCCAGUAUGUAACUCUAUCAGGGCUAAAGCACCAGAGUGAAUAGAAUCUAUAAUGCACUAGUCAGAUUUCUACAGUCUGGUGUGCAGAUAGGUUACUGCAGUAUGCCAAGGACUAGGGGCCAAAACUAAUGAGGCAGGGAACCUCGCAAGUCAGAAGUGGACUUAAGCAGUAAAGCAUAUGUGAUUAUCCUCUAGUGUCUUUCACAUUCUAGUUAGAAGUACGGUAAUAAAUUAGCUUGCAUUUAUUUGGUGCUUGGUCAUUGAGCAGACACAGAAGGCUCAGUUUGCAAACUGAUUGUGCAAACAUGGAAGAUUAGAAGAUGGUCUUGGAGGAUAAUAAAGUCUUAUCUCCUCCUAAUUUGCAAAGCUGCCCAUUUUAUCUAGCUCUAGGGAACUUUGUCUAAGCCUAGUGAGUCACAAGAAAGGCUAAGACUAGCAGUGCAUUAAAUAUGGUCUUAAUGUUGCCCUGUGUAGAAUUCAAAUUAGAAUGCAUUUUACUAUUUUUUGUGCAAGUGAAAGUGAGCUAACAAGAAAAAGAUUUAUCUUAAAUUUUAAAAGUACACUUGUUUUGCUGCUUGGAGGAGGGGAGGCAAAAUAGCUCACUACUAUACAGUGGGGUCUCUACUUAAGAACGUCCCUACUUAAGAACAAUCCAACUUAAGAACAGCUCCAUU